AUGGUAAUCAAUGCCGAUGUGCCCUCCGCCGACUCGCCUGACGAAGAUUCUCUUGUCAAAGCCACCACCGGCAAGUCGUAUGCUGUUGACCAGUUGUAUCUCUUCGAGGCCGCUGGUCACCUCAUCUAUCUCACCAAAUCAGAACCAGGUAAACAGAUUCCGCUUUUGGAGACGGUCGCUGGACCUUUGAUGAGCGGGAUGGCCUCUGGGGUGGAACGAUGUAGAGCAGAUCCGAAAGAUCUCCAAGCGGUACUUCAAGUUCACCAUCACCUCAUGGCACUUGGUCAUCUGGCCAAAGGCUUCCCCAUGGUGUCUGAUAGUCAGGUGGAAAAACUGCCUUAUACUCCAGCCUUCAAGCAGAUGACGGAAGCUUUGCUGCAAGCCUUGGACGCUGUGAAGACGCAAAGAGUGGUCAGGGAUGCAGCCCGAUUUGCUUUUGCUCAAUUCGUUAAUGCCAUCGGUUCGACCGUUGCUGAGUUGGUCCCAAGAUUCGUCUCCGUCGUGGUCACCGAGUAUGAACCUUCGGAGCUGAAAAACACCUUCGAAACUAUGGAUAUGCUCCUUCUCCCUCUUCUCUCUCGAAUCUUCGCAAUCCUGCAACAACCGAUCACUGGCACCGACGAAGCACAAACUCAUGCUCGACUCAAAGACGCUUACCUCACAUUCUUCACUGCACUCAUGAAUGCCAAUCUCGACGGAGUUUUCAUCACUGAACGAAACAAGCCUGAAUUUGAGAACCUUCUCACCACUCUUUUGGGUUUAACGCAAGAUUGCUCCGACCCUGGCUCUCAACGAUUCGCCUUUGGGUUCUUCGCUCGAAGUGUAAUCGCUUGGGGUACUUCUCCCGAAGCAGCGGCUCAGCCUUCACAAGCUUUACCAGGUUAUGAAAAUUUCAUCUAUCAGAGAUUGGUACCCGCUUGUUUCGAAGUUCCAGCGAGGAAGGAGUUCAAUAUCAGAAGUAGCACUUUGACCCUCUUUGAAAUGGCAGCGUUGGUCAGAAGCACCGCUCAAGCCCGAGGUCAGGAAGCAAUCAACUUCUUAAUCAAUGAUCUCUUCCCUCGAUUGAACUGUCCUCCCGAUAUCGCCAACCAAUUUGUCGAUAGAUUGAGAACUCAACAAGCCAAAGAUUUCCGAAAGACCUAUACCGAGUUUGUGAAAGCUAUGAGGGGUUAG